AUGGAUAACGCUGCAGGGCGCGUGCAGGUGUGGGCGCGCGUACGCCCACCGGACCACGGCCCGUGCAACGCUGUGGACUGCUGCGAGUCGAGCAAGAUCAUCCGAGUCCGCAACGACGUGGAGGCUCAGGGCGAGUCCUCCGGCGAGAAGGAGUUCGGCUUCGACGGGGUCUUCUCCGAAUCCACGGCCCGGGCCCAGAGAGACGUCUUCAUGCAAAUCGGCCUGCCGGUGCUGCGUGAGGCGCUCCGGGGAAUCAACGGCACCGUGCUGGCCUAUGGGCAGACCGGCUCCGGCAAGACGCACUCGCUGCUGCACCAGUCCGCCAAGGGUGAGGAGGCUGGCUUGCUGCCGCGCUUGGUGGCCUCUCUGUUUCUGAUGGUCAGCCAAGACGUGGCCAACGUUUAUGACAUCGAAGCCGCCGCCGUGCAGGUCUACAAUGAGCAGGUGGACGACUUGCUGCACCCGGAUCACCAAGGCAACAACUUGGUGGUGCGGGACGGGGGCGUGGUGAACGGGCUCACCUGGAUCCGCUGCAUGAAGCCCGACGAGAUGCUGGAAGCAUUCACCAGAGCGCGGGCCAAUGUGGUCUACGCAGAGACCAAGAUGAACAAGGCCUCCAGCCGGUCCCACGCCAUCUUCCAGCUGCGCAUCUCCAAGCGCGAGCGCGUCUUCGAGGCGAAGGGCGCCUCCAAGGUGAAGAAGUCCGGGUCCGAGGGCAUGCGUUUCCAGGAGGCCACCAACAUCAACCGCAGCCUUUUGGCCUUUGGGCACCUUGCUCGCUUCAGGGUGUGGGGAAUGAUGCAAAGGUGGCGCCCGGAUGUCAUGAGAUCCCAACUUCGCCUUUGGUUCAAUGCCUUCUAUCCUUUUGGUGGAUCAUGUGCUUCCCGCAAAUCAGGCCUGAAUCAUGUUUUGCGGGAUGCGCGCCAUGGCAGACGGGUGACCAUUUUCAGGCGCUCGCCAGGUUGCAAGUCAUUGCUGUAA